AUUCCUUUUAUCUUUCUCUCUCUUCCUUCAUCUCUCUUAUUAGAGAGAGAGAGAGAGAGAGAGAGAGGGGUUUGCAUUUGCGUCUGCAUCGGAGAGAGGAUGGACGAGCAAGAAUUCAAGCGCCUCCUGGAUCUCUUCCCUCCCGUCCGAUCCCGCGACUACUCUGCUGAUGAAGAUUCUUCAGGACAGUCAACCUCUCAGUCGUCAAGAGAUAGUUUGGUGAAGGAAUUGCGAGGUGCAUUGGGUGAGGUCGAGGACAGCGAAUCAAGGAAUGUAGUGGAACAGUCUGAUGCAUUCUGGGGGAAACUUCGAUUGGCUGCUGAGAGGAAGGUGGGUGCUGCUGAGGCAGAGCGGUUUUGUGAGGCUUUUCGACAAGUUCAUAGGAAACUGGUGUAUGAAGAACUGACGUUAGAUGCUGCUAAAAAAUUCAUUGACUUGUCAAAAAGUCAGAGUGAAUAGCUUCUUUCUGGGUUGUCCUCGUUGAGAUCCGGACCUUGUACCCAAGUUGUUCAUGUUUCCUUCUUUAUCUUCAGCUUAGCUGUUCUUGUGUACAAUCAUUUCCCGGACUCUGGAACGGAAAUGCAUAGUUAUAAGGUAGGCGACUGCACAUUGAACAGAUAAUUGUUGGGACAGAUCUCUCUCUCUCUCUCUCUGGUGUUUUGUUUGGGGGGGUUGGUUUGGGACCACGAGUGCCAUUGAUCAUGUAGGGUCAUCUACUCUCUCUAUAUGAGCCAUGCAGUUCUCUAUUGUCCUGGCUAUGUGAAGCGUUUCAGACA